UCCUUCGUCAAAUCCUACAAUAGUGAAACCAAAACAUUUCCACCUAUGUGACACUAGUAUUGAUAUUUACAUCCGUGCAUAUUUGUUUUCAUAGAGGAUUUCUUGAAAUAAAUAGCUAAACAACAACGUCACGAUUGAUUUUCUCUGCUGGACGAAUUUUUGUUGUUGUUGUUGCUCAAGACUGUGCUCUGUCAGUACAAACAUGAUUAACAUUUGGACAGGGUGAGGCAGGAUUAUGGAGGAUAUCAUUUGUGUCAGCUCGGGCAGCGACGACGACUCCGAUUUAGAGGUUAUAAGCAGUUAUAAUGAUGACAAAGAAGACCCAGUUCCGUUCAUUCAAGCACAAUGGCUUUCAGUCACACCUCUGCAGGAGACGGUGGCACGCGCACAGGUCCUCAUCGAUAUCACAGGCCACAACUUCACCCCUCCAAGGCAAAGAUGCUCAAAAAGAGAUACAUGCUCCACCCUAGAAGUUAUAGAUCUAAGUGAAGACGAUCCUUUUGAAGAUGCUGGUGUGCAGAAACCAUUCCCAAAUUUGCCAUCAGUAGAAAGCAGAGCCAAGAAAGUGCAUGUAACACUGGCAUCUUUUGGAAAAGCUCAAGAAUCAAAAUCUCAAACCUGUAUUGGCGAAGAUGUGGCUAAUUCAAUGUGUUUUGUAGGAAGCAGUUUGCAGUCUGUUGCCUCUAAGUCACUCAGUCAGGAGAGGACUCUCACAGAUGUGCUCCAAAGUACAGAAGAUUAUUUGCAUCAAGAUCCAAAUUGUAAUUCAAACUUGUCGUCUGAGCAGCUAAGCUGGGAUAUGUCUUUAGAACAUUCCAGGUCCAGUGAUAAAAGUAAAAAUCCAUUAAAAUGUGAAUCUGAGGCAUUAAAGAACUCUAUUGCAGAUGCAUCACAGAACACUAAAGACACACAGCUUACUUCACCAGCUGUCUGCAGCAUAGAAGCAGAUCAAAAAGACAAUCUUGACUCAUCACAGAAAUGGGAAGACAGUGUUCUCUCUCCUUACAGCCUUGACAGUCCAUAUUACUGUCCGAGUGAGGUAGAUGCUUAUAUAUUCUCUGAUUCAUCCAUUAAGUCUGAAGAUAAUGAUCCUCCCUUUACAACAUGCAACAGUCAACAGUCAUUACAGACCUCUGAGUUUCCUUCUGCUUUUCAUAAUGCAUCAAUGUCCAACGCACUUUCAUUAAAAGAGGAUGGCAAAACAAUGAAUAACGUAAAAAAUGAGGACCUUCAUACACCGGUUCAUCCCGGGCCUUCGUCUCCCUCCAUACCUACCUCAUUUAGAGCAUCGCCUCCCUGGAGCCCUGUGGUUUUGUCUAAACAGAGUAAACCCAACAGUCCCACUUCCACAGAGAUUCUUGCCAGUGACACAGCAGCACAUUCGCCUGAUCGGUCUACACUGAGCUCACCAAGUAGCUCCUUCAGCCUCUUCAUUUCGCAGGCCUCCUCACCAAACCUUCCAGAGAAAACAGAGCAAAAGAGAAAUUAUUCAGAUGCAGGCUCCCCAGAAAGCCCUCCCAUCAGCCUUUGGGACACAAGCAGCGAUGGCGACAAUGAAAAUGUCCCGGAUAAUAUGGAGUCAGAUCUUUCUGAAAACAAUUCAGAAGAUAGACAACACAUCUGUCUGACUCAGUACAGAAAAUUUAGUCAGGGCAUGAGUGGGACGAUUCCACACAUGGAUGAUGAUGGGGAAGAUGGACACUAUGGUCCCGCUGAGCCUCUAUGCCGUCAGAGCCUUAGCUUGGUCUACAGCACUAUCGAGGAGAAUUACCCAGAAGGCACUCUUCAGCUGCUGUCUGACUUCAUUCAGCCUCGGUAUUACCCACCAGUGGAUAUUACGACACACCUGCUCAGGGGGAUUGUCUUAAACCCACAAAGCCCUGAUGUUUUAGUCAUAGAGGCCUAUAACCUAUUGAUGAAGACUCAGAGAUACCAUCCUGUGGAUGCUUCAACGGUCCCAUGCGAUUGGGAACUGGUGAAGUCAGUUAUGAAAGAACAGGAUGAGACUAGGAAGUUGCGGACAGAGGUCCAGAACAUGCUCCUGCAAUAUAUGUUGCAGGUAUUAGAAGACGAUUUUCAUUUUAAACUCCGAUCUCAGUGUCUUCUUCACUCUGUUGCAAAGAAGAUGCUUUCAUUCGGCAAUGAAACAAUUGGGCAAGUCAAGGAUGUAAUUGUUUGGAUGAUGAAUGCUGCUAAGGAGUCAGUGAACCACUCAAAAGAUGUGGAAUACCCAAAGAAAGAGGACAAUUAUCUUAAGAUUGUGUUAUCUCUUCAGAGGAUGUUAACACUGGCCUUGGAGGUGGACAAGAACCCCAACUACAGUUCAGACAAACUCUCAGAAGAACUCUUCACUUGUCUUAACAGAAUGCAUUCUUGCAGGCAGAUAAGACUCUUGUUGCUGAGAACUCUGGAUAGCAAGCUGCUGAGAUGCAAGUUGUUGAAGCUGCUGCUGGAUGAGGCUUGUUCUCAGAAGACAAGCUUGCCCAUGUCUCUAAACUUGCUGCUACACUACCUCAAGAGCUCCACACUGGCCUCUGACCCCUCUGAUGGAGCAGAGAAGUGGAGAAAAUGGGAUGAACUCCUUCAGCUUCUGUGGAUGCUGAUGCUCAGUUAUGAAGAAGUUGUGACAGGUCAUCUACACUUCCCCAUUACAAAGCGUUUUGAUAGGAGGCAUGCUCCUAUUUGGACAGUGAAUGAUCAAGUGAAAUGCUCAGAAGUGCAAGAGGCAGUGGGCACUUUCCUGUCACGUGCAGCCAACGAUAUCGGCCAUGCUCUCUCCAUGGAAAUGCAGGAUUUAUUAUCCCAACUACAAGAACACAUAACUGACAUGUCCAGUGUUACUACAAGUCAUUAAACCUUUUAUAAUAAAUUUGUUUUGACAGUUUUUUAAAUAAAUGUAUAUUUUAUACAA